CUUGCCGCCCAAUAUUUAUUGACAUCAAAAUUCACAAAAAAAUCAAAAUCUGACAAAAUUUUUGACAAAAAUCAUUAAAAUCAUCCGAAAAAAUGUCUUUUACUACCGUGAAUUACAUCACAAGUCCCGCAAGCAAAUUACAAAGCAAGGAAGCUGCUCACAGUCGUUUCAAAUAUGGAUCCCCGAAAUUGCGUGAUUUGUUGCGCCAACAAUGUCGAGUGCGUUUCAAGGAGCGACGAAACAAUAAUUUUCUCGGAAAACGAAAUCUCAUGGAGGAAGAACGAGUUAUGAUGACAGGCGUUGUUAAAGAGAGCAUUUCACAAUUUGAACAAAACGAAAUUUUGCAAGAACUGAUUUACAAAGAGUUGGAAGAGGAAAUGGAAGAAUGGCUGGUUGAAGAUACAAAUUAUUUGGCAGAACUUGCGAUGAACGAAGAAGUAAUUUGCCCGUUGUGUCAAAAGAAAUCCUUAGCUGCAAAUGCAUUUUUCGUUAAUUGUGACUUUUGUGGCUUUCGUACGAAGGAAUAUCAGGAUUUGAGUAAAUUAGGAGAUCGCAUAAAAAUUGUCGUAUUGCAACAUGAAGUCAUUUGCUCGAAUACUUUGGCAUUUUUCGCUGAACCUAAAACUCGUGAUGAUCCCAUGUCACUCUCAAUUAAUGCCAUUUGUGAUAAAUGUGAAUAUUUUUCUGUCGUUUAAUGAAAAAAAAAAAUUGUACUUCUCGUAAAUUGUGUGAUCUCUGACGGAAAAAUGUUACUUUUAAAACUAAUUUAUUUAUUGUUAACAGAUUUUUUGAUAAAAUAUAAUUUUAAUUGUUUCUCUUUCAAAA